CCCCUCUUGUUCCACACAGACUCAAAACCACAUCAGCAGCCUUUCUCCUGCUUCUUUUUCUUUGCCAACAACAUCUCUCUAUCUCCGUUCUAAAUAUGGUUUCUUUUAUCUCUCCACGCCAUUUUCUGCCAUUCCUCUUUGUGAUUUCUCUGUUCCAUGUGGGCUAUGCUGCGAGGAAGCUCAAUGAGCUGGUACAACAGCAGCCUCUGCUCUUGGAAUACCAUAAUGGCCCUCUCCUCUCUGGAAAAAUCUCUAUAAACCUAAUCUGGUACGGCAAAUUCAAGCCUUCCCAGCGGGCUAUCGUUUCUGAUUUCAUUACCUCCCUUUCUUCUUCUCCCCCUUCUCAGGACCAGCCUUCUGUUGCCACCUGGUGGAAAACCACAGAGAAGUACUACCACCUCACCUCCAAGAACCCAUCUUCACUCAAGCUCUCCUUGGGCGAACAAAUACUCGAUGAGACCUACUCGCUCGGGAAAUCACUCACGGGGAAGCAAAUCGUUCAGUUGGCUUCCAAGGGUGAACAGAUGAACGCCAUUAACGUGGUUUUGACCUCCUCUGAUGUGGCCGUGGAAGGGUUCUGCUCCAGCCGCUGCGGGACUCAUGGAUCUUCUUCGAGUUCCAAGAAUGUUCAAGUCAAGGGCAAGAACUACAAGUUUGCAUACGUCUGGGUUGGGAACUCUGAGACUCAGUGCCCUGGCCAAUGCGCCUGGCCCUUCCACCAGCCCAUCUACGGACCCCAGAGCCCACCGCUAGUCGCACCGAACAACGAUGUGGGUCUGGAUGGCAUAGUCAUAAACUUGGCUAGCCUCUUGGCUGGAACUGCAACCAACCCUUUUGGAAAUGGCUACUUCCAGGGUCCGGCGGAGGCGCCCCUAGAAGCUGCAUCGGCUUGCCCUGGGGUUUACGGGAAGGGGGCAUACCCUGGGUAUGCUGGGGAUUUGUUGGUGGAUUCAGUGACCGGUGCUAGCUACAAUGCCCAUGGUGCCAACGGGAGGAAGUACUUGCUUCCUGCCUUGUAUGAUCCUUCUACAUCCUCGUGUUCUACUCUGGUCUGAAGCAGAUUAGUGUCUUGACGACAGAAACUUCGUAGAAUUUACAGGCCUUAGAGAAAUCCAGAGAGAUACUGUUAUUCAUUCAUUUAUUUGUUCUUCCCGUGGUAGUUUCAAUAAUAUCAAAGCAAAUUGAUUUGGUUUGCUUUUUUCACUUGAAUGCAUCUUUCCAAAUUACAAUGUC